CUCAAGGAAAGCACUUUUCCGGAAGUAGGGUGCGUGCACGCGUGUUGCCAGAAAGGAUGCACUGCGCCGGCCCCUGCGUCUGAGCUUGAGGAGAGGGUGGACACAACUGCCAUUGAUUGGGCGCAGCCGCUAGCGGGCGACGAUAUGCUUCCUGGUAUGAACAGCAGCGACGCGAUCGCAGUUGCCGGCGCCCAGUGCGACGAGACAAAAUACACCGGUGCCACUCCUGCGUUUUACUGCCCCAGUGCGGGUGCUGAAGUUGCGUUCGUUGGCUGUGCAGAGAG